UUCUUGAAGAUGUCACGGCACUGACGUAUCCCUGAAAUAUUUGAUUUUCAGCUGUUUUUCCGAAAACUGAAGAUAUUGAUCGAAAAUUAGGCUAUGUCAGAAUUGUAAUUACAUAAUAGAUUCGUUUUGGAAUAUUUUCUUAUAAAGAAUUUUCGUGUUCUCUCAUUGAAUAUACAAAAGCUACCAUAACAACGACUUCUUAAUGGUCUCUUAAAUCAAUAAUGAGCAGACAUUGAACUCUCAAAUCAAGAAUGGUGUUUUAAAACAUUUACUUAUUAGGUUCGUUUCAUAGAAAUUUAGGAUCAGCAUCAUGCUGUAAUUAAAAAUUUAAUUUAUCUGGCUGCAGUCUUUAGUUUAAUUCAGAAUGGAAGGUCUACCCUUGAUUCCUGGAUAUACGUUCCAGGAACCUGCUAUACAAGAUUACAAAUUGAAGCAAAAAUUUGGAUUUUUGAAUGGGUUUCGAGUAAUACGUGAUUCUGAUGUUGGAAUUGGUAGAAGACCAAUUGAUGCUGCAUCCAGUGCCUAUGCGAUUGAAAAUGAAACAGUACACUACGAUCCCUCUUUAACAUAUGGACGAGUGCGAGAAUAUGGAUAUCAACAGUUCUUUCCUCAUUAUACACUUUAUGCACAAAAAUGCUUGUGUUUUAAAGCUUUUUUUCGACAAGGCGUAUUUGGAUCUCCACACGAGCACUUUCGAAUUCGCUAUGUCAAUAUAAUUUAUUAUUUAGAAGAUGAGACAUUAUCUGUGAUAGAACCUCGAAUCGAUAAUGCUGGAUUUAAUCAAGGAAGGUUAGUGCGGAGAGGAAAGAUUGUCAAAAAUUCUAGAGGAGAUGUUUUUCACUGGAAAGAUUUGAAUGUUGGCAUCGAUAUUGGAAUUUAUGGGGUGGUUUAUCACACAUAUGACUGUGAUCGUUUCACGAAAGAAUUUCUAACCAGUCAGGGAAUUGAUGUUGGUGAAAGAGGAGAGCCUCCACCAGAUCCAUACAUUAAAUUUCGAAAAGAUACAUUUAAAAUCCCAACUAGAACUACACCAGUGGCUGAUGAUACCAGAAGACGCUUCUUGGAGUACGAUGGGAUGGUUUUAUUAUUUGAUGCAGUGUGGGAUGAUGAUUUUUAUCAAAUCCUUUAUUUUUUAACGGACGACACAAUUAGUGUUAAGGAGAUUCACACACCAAAUGAUGGCAAAGAUCCUGUAUCUAUGCUUCUCAAAAAAGCUAAGGUUCCUAAAAAUUGGAAAGAUCUACCCCCGCCCUACCCAGGGAUUUAUAUGGAACGUGGCGAUCCAGAUGUUGUGGAAUAUUACACUCCAAAGGAUUUAAUGAUUGGGGAUACAAUUUUCAUUUUUGGAAGACGUUUCUUUCUCUACGACUGCGAUGCUUUCACAAGAAAAUACUACUCUGGAAUGCUGGGAAUAGUUCAGCCCGCUCGACUGGACCCUCCUAUAAAGAAUAAAAAAUCAAAAAAAAUUUGUAGACUUCCAUCCCACGACUCUACACCUCCAAAGAAAGAUGCAAUCCGGCAUAUUUUGAAUUUUCCGAAAAGGCUGCGUUACUCGAUGAAAAUGGAUGCAGUUCAUCCUGAAGACCAGGAUCGCAAUUUUAUUCUAGAAUACAAUUUAAGUGAUGACACCAUUCUCAUUAGUGAAAGAGCAAAGCCAAACUCUGGUCGGAAAUCGGGAAUAUUUUUAUCUUCAAGGCCAAUCCCAAAACCUAGAACUGACAAUGAAGAUCCUGUUUAUUACACCCCGGAAGAUUUCUCCAUUGGAUCAAAAAUUAACGUUUUUAAUCACUACUUUAUCAUAACAGGGGCAGAUCUUUUUGUUUAUCGAUACAUGGAAGCGAAUACAGAGAAAUUUUCCCAGCAACUGAGGGAUAAUAUGAGAAACUAUUUUGUCCAGAAGGGUCUUCUUCAAGAUGAUAUUGACGCACUGGCGAAGAAAGAAGCAAAUGAACUUUUAAAUUCGAAUAUAGAAGAAAACCAUGAAGAUGACUUUGAUAUUGAACCGUGUUUAAGUGAUUUUGAAAAAGAAGCUCGACAUAAGUAUGCAGGAGAACCUGGAAAGCUGAAGCCACCAAUGCCACCCCCUGAAGAACUGUGCCCAAAUUUAACUUCGGCAAAGAAAGAAGAAAUUGACGAUGUUAGACCUUGCGAGUUUGAAAACAGGGAAAUAGGUGAAUCUUCAGCCAGAAGAGAAAUUAGAUGAAGUGAUCAGGUACCUGAUUGAAAAAGAUGAAGAAGGACAUCCAAGAGUUUCUUGCAAGAAAGAAUAUGCAGAAUGCUAAACUAUUAUCCCCCGCGAUUGCGAGCCACCUGAAUACUUUUACGAUCGCGAACGAAGCUUCAAAGUAAGUCGAUCGAUAUCUAGUCUGUAAAUAAGCAAAUAGUUUUCAGAAUUGACGUAUGUACAAAUUGAAAAAAUUGUAUUAUUAUACGAUACCAUUUGUGGAAAUCAAUA